AUGGAGGAUAAGUUACCACAGACAGCUCAUGGGGCUGGGAAUAAGUCUCCGUCAAAGAGACGUUGCUACCAGAUAGUGGUUAUCAUACUUGGAGAGCUCCGAGAUCUCGGACCACCGCAAUUACCACCGUCGGAGAACCCAGUCUCGUCCAAAACUUAUAUUUGUGGUAAAGAAAAGUGGGUGAGAGGUAACGUGUUUGAACGAAGAAAAUAUUUGCUUCAGAAAUUCAAACAAUUUGGGAAACUCUCGAAAGCAAUGUCUGAGAGAGAAAAAUAG